CAUGCCCUGUUCUCAGACCCAACCAUUACCGAACCGCUUUUCUCUUCCUCUCCAAAUCAAAUUGGUUACAGAGCAGCCCUCACUUUCUUUAUUUUUACCCAAAAGCAGUUUCGUGAUUUGUGGAAAGAUCUUCUCUCCUCCGACGGUAGCCGCUUUUGUUUUCUUUGUCAGCCAUAUUCACAAUUACUUUCGCAAAGCAACGCCCGAUGUUGCCAUAAAUCUGACUAUUCUUCAACAGUGACCAAAAGAGGGAAUUUGGGCGUAGUGUAAUGCUCGGCCCCAUCUUUCUUGGGAGAAAGAACCCACCCAACAUAAUUCAAUCUUGACCACAAUUCUGUAUCUAUCUAUAUAUAUAUAUAGAGAGAGAGAGAGAGGGGGGGGGGGAGAGAUGAAGGAAAUGUUUGGGAGUCCAGGGAAGAAGAGUGGGCUGAUGUUGAGGAUGGGGCAGUGUUUAUUUGCGGCGGCCUCAAUUGGAGUUAUGGCCUCUGCUUCUGGCUUUUCUACCACUACUGCCUUCUGCUACUUAAUUGCAUCGAUGGGGCUUCAGCUUUUGUGGAGCUUCGGACUUGCUUGCUUCGACAUUCAUGCCCUCAGGUUCAACAAGGAUUUAUACAACCAUAUUGUAAUAAGCUUGUUUGUCGUUGGCGAUUGGGUGACUGCAGCUCUGUCAUUGGCCGCAGCAUGCUCAUCUGCGGGCGUGAUUGCUCUUUUCACUCGGGACACGACCAUCUGCGCCGUGGAGACCAGAUUUUCUUGCAACAUGUUUCAGAUAUCCGUAGCUUUUGCUUUCGCCGCAUGGUUCCUUCUUGCAAUAUCUUCGUGCGUCAUGUUUUGGCUUGUGGCAUCGCUUUAAGUAAUAUUCGGAAUGUCUAAUUGAUUUGAAAUGCAUCCGAGCACACGCGCUCACAGCAAUGAGGUUUGUGCGCCGCGAUGGCAAACUUUUCGACGACUCGGUUUGGCUGAAAAGAACUAGUUUUUUUGGAUUUCUUGGAUGUACUGUUGAGGCAUUAACUUGUGGUUAGGUGUUUUCCAUUUGACAGUGUAAAUAUAUUACUCUACUGUCCUAGUUUUUGCAUCAUAGUGUUUGUUUGUAUGUAUGUAUGUGUAUGUAUGGAUAUGAUGUUGGGAGUGAGUCAGUUCUUGGACAUUUUCAUGGCCAAAAUAGAAGUUUUUUUCCAGCAGGUGUGAUCAGAGGAGAGGAGAGGGCAUAGAAUAUAAUGAAAAGGCUGGCCGUUUUUGUGUUCGAAGAUGGAAUUGUUGACUAAUAAUCCGAAGCUUUGUAGUAUUCUUUAGCAGCUCAAAAUGCUGACUAAUUUGAUCAGCAAAUUUAUUGCA